AUCUGUUUUCUCCUGUUUGCUGUUCUCUACAUAGUUUCCUACUUCAUAAUCACAAGAUACAAAAGGAAAGCAGAUGAGCAAGAGGAUGAAGAUGCCAUUGUUAACAGAAUAUCGCUGUUCUUGAGCACCUUCACUCUAGCAGUUUCAGCUGGUGCAGUCCUGCUUCUACCUUUCUCAAUAAUCAGCAAUGAGAUCCUGCUUUCUUUUCCACAAAACUACUAUAUUCAGUGGUUAAAUGGCUCACUAAUUCAUGGUUUAUGGAAUCUUGCUUCUCUUUUUUCGAAUUUAUGUUUGUUUGUGUUGAUGCCCUUUGCCUUUUUCUUCCUAGAAUCGGAAGGAUUUGCUGGCUUAAAAAAGGGCAUCAGAGCGCGCAUUUUGGAAACCCUUGUAAUGCUUAUUCUUCUUGCACUGCUUAUCCUUGGAAUCGUAUGGGUGGCUUCAGCACUCAUAGACAAUGAUGCUGCCAGUAUGGAGUCUUUGUAUGACCUCUGGGAAUUCUACCUCCCAUAUUUAUAUUCCUGUAUAUCAUUGAUGGGAUGCUUGUUACUUCUGUUAUGCACGCCAGUGGGACUUUCACGGAUGUUUACAGUAAUGGGUCAGUUGCUGGUAAAGCCAACAAUCCUUGAAGACCUAGAUGAGCAGAUGUAUAUCAUCACGUUAGAGGAAGAAGCAAUUCAGAGGAGGCUUAAUGGUCUGUCUUCCACGGUGGAAUACCAGAUAGUGGAGUUGGAACGGGAGCUUGAAAAAGUGAAAAGCAAGAAAACAAAUCUAGAACGGCGGAAAAAAGCUUCUGCUUGGGAAAGGAAUUUAGUCUAUCCAGCAGUUAUGAUAUUGCUGCUGAUUGAGACGUCCAUCUCAGUCCUCUUAGUUGCUCUCAACAUUCUUUACCUGUUGGUUGAUGAGACUGCAAUGCCAAAGGGAUCAGGGGGGCCUGGAAUAGGAAAUGCCUCCCUAUCCACCUUUGGUUUUGUGGGAGCAGCACUUGAAAUCAUUUUGAUUUUCUAUCUUAUGGUGUCCUCUGUCGUCGGCUUCUACAGUCUUCGCUUUUUUGAAAAUUUCACUCCCAGGAAGGAUGACACAACCAUGACAAAGAUCAUUGGAAACUGUGUCUCAAUCUUGGUGCUGAGCUCUGCUUUGCCAGUGAUGUCAAGGACACUGGGAAUCACCAGAUUUGAUCUGCUUGGAGACUUUGGAAGGUUUAACUGGCUGGGAAACUUCUAUAUUGUGCUGUCUUACAACUUGCUCUUUGCUAUCAUGACGACAUUGUGUCUGGUCAGAAAGUUCACUUCCGCUGUGCGCGAAGAGCUCCUGAAGGCGAUAGGAUUAGAUAAACUUCAUCUGUCAAACAAUCCAAGAGACUCUGAGACAAAGCCGUCUGCAAACGGGCAUCAGAAAACACUGUGAUUUACAAUCAC